AUGGCUGGUUCUGCAGAAAUUGCUUCUGUGAAAAUGAAACGACUUGUAGACGAGGCUUCUCAAGUCAAGUACAUCCCUGGUGGUGCUCUAAAAAUUUACUUUCGUUCAGCAAACACGUUGUUACGGCAGUCAAAGCUUUACAUGAAAGAGAAUGACUUAAUGAACGCUUAUAAAUUCUAUAUGAGAUAUGCAACAUUAGCUCUUGAAAAACUACCGAAUCAUCCAGAAUACAACAAACCAGAACAUAAGGCUGGACGAAUUGAAUUAGUUAAAAAUACGAAAGAAGUGCUUAACGAAAUCACACAUUUAAAACCUAUAUUAGAGGAACGUUUUAGACGAAUAGCAGAAAAGGAAAUUGCUGAACAUGAGGCUGCUGAACGUGCGGCUCAACUCCAAUUAACGCAAAAACUUGAAAGUUCGCCUCGACCUCCUUCGUUGCAAACGCAGCAAACUUAUGUUCCUUACGAACAUUGGAAUUUGGCUGAACAGUUGAAAGACUUACCAAAUCAACCGCCGUAUAUUUAUCCGUCUAUGGGGAUGCCGAUUAUUAAAAUACCUACUUCAUCUACAUCCGUUAUAUAUUCACCGGCAUUACCUCCUAAAGUGAAGUAUGAACCUCCGCGACUUCCACCAAAGCCAAAUGAAUAUAUGGCUUCUUAUAAUAUUCCUAACGUUGACCCCAUUUAUGAAAGUGAACCAGAAUUUGCCGCUUUCACUGAAGGUGGUGAAGGUCUUCGAAAAGUUUGUCUUCCAAGAAAUAUAUAUGACAUUUUUAUAAAAAUUGCAGCCGGCAACACUUUAAAGAAUUUAGAAACAUGUGGAGUAUUGUUUGGAACCUUGGCUAAAAACGUGUUUUCGAUUACUACAUUAAUUAUUCCUAAACAAACCGCUACUUCUGACACGUGUACAAUGACGAAUGAAGAGGAGUUGAUAGAAUAUGCUGAAGAAAAAGGGUUAAUGCUGCAGGGGUGGAUACAUACACAUCCAUCACAAACUUGUUUUAUGAGUUCGAUGGAUUUGCAUACACACUCUUCUUAUCAAGUUAUAUCUCCAGAGGCAAUUGCUAUUGUAUGUGCACCAAGGCAUAAUCCAAACUUUGGAAUCUUUCGAUUAACUAAUCCACCGGGAUUACAGACUGUUCUUCAAUGCACACAAAGAGGAUUUCAUCCUCAUGAUUCCAACUUACCUAUUGACAAA